GUGCUGGAAGGAAGAAGACCUUACCUUUGUGCUCCAAGAUAUCUCCUUCAGAUUUAGAAAAGGGUCUAUGUUCUCCAUUGCAACUCGUCCAGAUUUUUAGAGUCUUGUCCCUUCUCUCAGUCUUUGGAAGCACCCAAAGUAUCACCAGGACAUCUAGACUGAAGCAGAAGAUUGAACAUUGUUUUGAAAAAGCAGAGUGACUUGUUUCAGACGACAGCUCACAGAAAGUCAGGGAAGGAGAGUGUUGGAGCCAAAGAUGUUCCCAGUGUUUGUAUUUGGGGACCAGCAGGGAAGGACAGCACCAUAGACAAAUAUGGCUGAGUCAUCCUGGGUGAAGUUACUUAGCCACUUUGAGCUUCAAAAUCCCCAACUUUGGAACUUGCCAAAAUGCUUAAUGGGUUUUGGAAAAUGCAAGAACUCCUGCAGCGGAGAUGAAAAAGAAAUUCAGAAAUGCAAGAAAAGAAAAUGUUGUAUCGGACCCAAAGUGAUCAAACUGAUAACCAUGUACCUGCGACACGAAAUCCCCCACAUACCCGAGCUAGAAAACGAAACCAUGCUGAUCGGCUACGUAGAUUCCAAUGUCAAACAGAGGAAAUACAUCUUAUCCGACCCCUUCAAUAUGGAAAGCACCAGCCUUCCCCCCAGUAACAACUCUGUCGUCCUCUCCAGCGCCACCCCUGUGAACGCCACAGGACACAUCACACACGCUGCUUCUGCCACCGAGAGAGACACUAAGCAAAGCCGAGAGCCUGCCCAGGUCUCUGCACCGCCCGCGCCUCCGUAGACCCUGCCAACAGCACCGCGGAGCUGGAGGAAGCAGGUCCGUUCACACAUCAAGCCCUGUCUCCCUCCACAGUCUACAAAGCAACACCUGUAACUGUUUCCUCUGCAUCAGUCACUCAAUAAAUACUGUAUAAGCACCAAUCGCUUAAGGAGUGG